AUGUAUGUGGGUGAGAAUGCUUCCGCGUAUCUUCAAAAGAAACUUCCACCAAAGUUAAAGGAUCCCGGUAGUUUCACUAUACCAUGUACAAUUGGUAAAACCAGGUUUGAUCGUGUUUUACUAGACUUAGGUGAAACUAUUAAUGUUAUGCCUACCUCAAUAUAUGAAUCGUUAGACCUAGGUCCUCUCAAGGAUACCGGUAUUAUUAUUCAACUUGCUGAUAGGUCCACUACAUAUCCUAAAGGGGUUGUGGAAGAUGUUUUGGUGCAGGUUAACGAGCUGAUUUUUCCUGCAGACUUUUAUGUUCUAGAUAUGAGGGACGAAGAUUCACCCUCGUCUACACCGUUGCUGUUGGGUAGACCUUUCAUGAGAACUGCUAGAACUAAAAUUGAUGUCUUUAGAGGCACCAUAACUAUGGAAUUUGACGUGGAUGUGAUUGAUUCUUUAGCUCAACAAACGUUUGAGUUAGAUGGUGGUGAUGCGUUAGAGAAAGCCAUAAUGAAAAGUUUAGAUUGUGGAAAGCAUAAUGACAUGAAAGUUGACAUAGAAAUGUGUGAUGAGCUUAAAGAAGUCAUUUGCUCUCUUGCCGCAUUACAAGAACUCUCACCUAGGAAUGAUGUUUCUUAUAUUUCCUUACCUUGUACUAAUGAGAAACUCUUUCCGUCUAUUUUGCAGGAACCUUUCCUUGAAUUGAAACCUCUUCCGGGUCACCUCAAGUAUGUUUAUUUAGGUGAUAAGGAAGAGUUACCGGUGAUUGUUUCCAACAACCUCACCAAGGUGCAAGAAAACAAUCUUAUUCGUGUGCUAAAAGAGUACAAGUCUGCCAUAGGGUGGACCAUUUCCGAUAUAAAGGGAAUCAACCCUUCCAUGUGUAUGCACCGAAUACUUCUUGAGGAGGGAGCAAAACCAACUAGCGAAGCUCAACGUCGUCUGAAUCCUCCGAUGAUGGAAGUGGUCAAGAAAGAAAUCCUGAAGUUGUUGGAUGUAGGGGUUAUCUAUCCCACAUCCGAUAGCAAAUGGGUAAGCCAUGUCCAAGUCGUUCCAAAGAAAUCCGGUGUCACGGUGGUGAAAAAAGAAGAUAAUGACCUAGUUCCAACUAGAAUUCAGACCGGGUAUAAUCAGAUUGUAAUAGCUCCGGAAGAUCAGGAAAAGACGACCUUUACUUGUCCAUUUGGCACAUUUGUGUAUAGACGUAUGUCAUUCGGUUUGUGUAAUGCUCCUGGCACGUUACAACGUUGCAUGGCUUUUGACACCUUAAAGGAGUUGUUGACUACUGCACCCAUCAUCAAACCGCCCGAUUGGAGCAAACCCUUUGAGUUGAUGUGUGAUGCUAGUGACUACGUUGUUGGAGCCGUGUUGGGACAGCGAGAUGGUAAAGUUCUGUAUGCCAUUUAUUACGCUUCUAAAAUUCUUAAUGGCGCACAAAUCAACUACUCAACCACUGAAAAGGAGCUCUUGGCCAUAGUGUUUUCACUUGAGAAAUACAGAUCUCACUUGGUGGGUACGCAAGUGAUUGUUUUCUCUGACCAUGCCGCGCUGCGAUACUUGCUAACAAAGAAAGAUGCUAAGUCGAGGCUCAUUAGGUGGAUACUACUUCUUCAAGAGUUCCAUCUCCAAAUUAAGGAUAAGAAGGGCAGUGAGAAUACUGUGGAAUAUCACUUGAGUCGACUGAUUGCAUCCGAAGAAGCAAUUCCUUUGCAUGAUAGUUUUCCAGAUGAGCAACUCUUUACGGUGGAUAGCACAACUCCAUGGUACGCUGAUAUUGUGAACUACUUGGUGACGGGACGAGUACCUAGUACCAUGUCAACUUUUCAGAAAUUGAAACUCAAGAAAGUCUCCAAACGAUAUACAUGGGAUGGACCAUAUUUAUGGAAGCAUUGUGUUGACCAUAUAAUGCGAAGGUUUGGCACACUGCGUGUGGUGAUUAGCGAUGGAGGUUCCCAUUUUCAGAGAUCCUUCCACGCUCUCCUCAAGAAGUACAAUGUUACUCACAAAGUUGGAACACCAUAUCAUCCACAAACAAGUGGACAAGCUGAAAUUUCCAACCGGGAGAUUAAAUCAAUUCUAGAGAAGACUGUGAAUACUAUAAGGAAAGAUUUGAGCUUUAGACUCAAUGAUGCUUUAUGGGCGUACCGGACAGCGUACAAGACUCCCAUUGGAAUGUCUCCGUUUAGGAUGAUUUAUGGCAAACCAUGCCAUCUUCCCGUAGAACUUGAACACAAAGCUUUUUGGGCCAUCAAGAUGUGCAACAUGGAGUUAGAUGCCGCGGGGAAACAAAGAAAGCUUCAACUCAAUGAGUUAGAAGAAAUCCGCAAUGAUGCAUAUGAAAGUUCGUGCAUUUACAAGAAGAAAACUAAAGCUUUUCAUGACAAGAUGAUUUCUCGGAAAAGUUUUGUUAUAGGGCAGAAAGUUCUCUUAUUUCAUUCUCGUUUAAAGUUGUUUCCCGGUAAACUUAGGUCCCGAUGGGUUGAACAAUUUGUUGUUACUAAUGUGUUUUCUCAUAGUGCGGUUGAGCUUUCUAGUCCAAAAACAAGGAAGAUUUUCAAGGUGAACGACCAUCGAGUGAAACCAUACUAUGAGCAAUUUGUGACGGAGAAUGAAGAGGCCAUAGAAUUGACUGAUCCACUUCCUCUGGAGGAGUAA